AUGAGAUUACCGUAUAUUAUAAAUCAGAAUACUUACAUCGAGUAUGAUCCGUCGCAAAUUACCAGGGAGCUUCUGGAUGAGGUCGAUCGCGUGCUCAUCUCCGAAGACAUCACGCGCACGGAUGACAAGACCAAAACUCUGGUGGCACUCUGUAUCCUCUGCAUUGGCAACAAUUUCGAGCAGUACCCGUUAAUUAAUGAUCUGUUGUUGUGCGCUGAUCGGGACAACCUUCUAGAGAUUCUUCCCACAAAUCUUCCGCUUUCGUUGGUUGUACCUUUAAUAGAGGAUGAAAUUUAUUGGAAGAGACGAUUCACGGAUACGUACGGAGUGAUGUCGCAGCGAUUGCACGAAGGUUGGACUUGGAAAUGCGUGUACUUAGAGAAUCACAUGCAGGAGCUGGUCGAGAAGGCGCAGCCAGAGUACAACGACGAAGAAACGAUGGAGGAAAUCACUACACUGAUCCACACCUACGUGCAUCGCUUGAUCAUCACGCAACUGCAGUGCUGGAGGCCGCCGUUGACUCAGGAGAAGGACGAAAUCCCGGAGAUCUAUCCCGUGGACCACAUCAACAUGGAGCCAAUCUUCAGGCGACUCUCGUUCAUCGAAGAAAUCGAUAUAUCUUUCGGCACUAAAGACGUGGGUGAAUCCUUUAAAUGGCAGAUGUUUAAAGUCUCUUUGGACGAUGCGAAACGUUUAGGAACGGCCCUCGUCAACCUGAAGAAGCUGCGAGUACUCAGCCUUCAUAACAGCUCGAUGGAAGAUAAGCACAUUCAGAUUUUGACAAAGUUUUUAAUUAAAAUUGCAUCUCUGGAGGAACUACGAUUCUCGUACUGCCUUAUAGGCGACAAAGGCACUCUCUGCAUCGCCAAGCUGAUGAUGUCGCACGCAGCCCUCAGCAAAAUCGUUUUAACAUACAACAAGAUUGGCGCCAUCGGCGGCGAAGGGAUCGGAUACGCGCUCAUGCAAGACAACUGCUGCCCCAUCAAGCAUCUCGAUUUAAGACUGAAUCCUCUAGGUCACCAAGGAAUUAUGGGAUUGUUCCGCGCGCUUGUGCGUGUCAAUCGGCUGGAGGAGCUGAUAAUCAGCGGAUGCGGCUUCGAGGAUGAAACUUCAAUUCGUCUUGGUGCGGUGCUUCAGUUGCACAAGAAUCUGAAGAUGCUGGACGUCAGCAACAACUGGCUUUUGCCUGGCGAAAAAAAUAUUCUCGAAGGAAUGAUGUUGAACAACACGCUGUGCUGGAUGGAUUUGCGCGAGACUGAUAUUACCGACGAGGUUCUGCACAAGAUCAAAAGAAAGUUGGACCGCAAUCGGCGCGGCGAUUUCGAAGAUCACGCUUCGGAUGAAGAGGAGGAGAUUAUGGAAGAAGUCGAGGAGGAAACCAUAGAGGAAGAGAACGUCGCGUUGGAAUUAGAUGAAGAGGAGGAUGAUGAAGAAGAGGAGGAGGAAGAGGAAGGAGUCGAUCUGAUCGAUGCUAAUUUGGAAUGA